CCUGCCACACUCUUCGAAUGCUGUUGAUUUUUCCCUCUUGCCCUUACUCUUCUCCAUGAUGCCUGGUCGAAGUUCUUCUACAGACAACUCGGAUGGCUCAAGCAAUUCACCAGAUGAUACCCCUCAUGAUAGCCGAAGCGAGAGCAACCCACCUCCCCCACCUCGCAAGCCCAUUCCAAGAAAAGGUCAUACCAAGUCGAGACGAGGAUGUUACAAUUGCAAACGCCGUAGAAUCAAGUGCAAUGAAAGACAUCCGCAAUGCAGCCACUGCAUCAAAGCGGGCUUGCAGUGUGAGUAUCCAGCAAACAUCAUCCAGACCACACAUCAAUCGUCGCCCACGUCUCCGAGUCCACAGGAGAUGGUGAACCUGCGUUCGACACCGGCGACCUUUUCGAUGAAUGAUUUGCGCCUUUUUCAUCACUUCCUCAUCACAGCUUACCCCCAUCUACCGGUUGGCGCAGAUAAGAUAUGGAUCACCGUAAUCCCAAGCUUUGCACAUAACUAUGAAUACCUAAUACAUUCCAUCCUCGCGUUAGCUGCGUCACACCUCGAUGCGGUUUCAAAUGCCAGUGUUAACAAAGAAGCCAUAUCACACCGGAUUCUCGCCAUGCAGGCCCUGAACGAGGCCCUUUCGGUGCCACCAAAAAACAGUGUCGAGCGCGACGCACGAAUGGCUGCCGCAAUGGCCCUCGCCUUCCAAUCAGGCCAUCUUCAAGACGGGCUGCUUGAAUACCUGACCAUGGUAAGGGGAUGUAAUCUCAUUGCCAUGGAGGAAUCCUUUUCACACCAGGAAUCUGCUUUCUACGCCUUUCGCGAAGAUGAUCAUCUUGCAACGAUGCAAACUCGCGUCAACUCAUCCGGCAUCAACGCCAUCAACCGCGAAGAUCUCGACCUUGCCGGCACCUCGCUGCGCGCCAUCGAGACGCUGCACAUGACGGAAUGGGAGCGGCAGUUUUGGGAGAUACUCGUGCGCACCGUCGACAAUGCGUAUGAACGGCCCGUCGAAACAUACACGACCUUUGUCCAGCUCUACAACCAACCUUCACGCCUUACCCAUGACGAAUUCCAGUCCUUUGUCGACCCGGGAAACGACGUGGCACAGAUCCUGCUGGCCCAUUUCAUUGCCGUGCAGGCGCUGCUGACGCCUAUACUGAUGCUCGAGCGCGUCGGGUUUCAAGGUGUCAAUGCCCCCACGGCGGUGCUGGGCUGGAUCGAGGGAAUCUACUUUAAUGUCUCGUUUGGGUUGAGGUACUACGUUGAGUGGCCGAUGCAAGUCGCGAGGUAUCCGUUUGUCAGAUUUGUAGGCCAACAAUCGUUGGAUCACGACUUGGAGAUUUGCGCUUGA